AUGCAAUCUCAUGAUUUUACACGACAUUUUUAUUUUCCAAUUCAUGAAAUUUAUUAUAUUCUAUACAUUGCAAUACUUAUCACAAUAUUACGUUAUUUAUAUGAAAAAUAUAUCUGCAAGCCAUUUGUAAACUGGCUUAAACUGAAGCCAAUCAACAAGAAGAAAUUUCCUGAAUCGGCAUGGAAAUGUUUGUUUUAUACUUGUACAUGGUCAUACUGUGUUUACCUACUUCAUUAUCGAUACAAUUAUUUCCAUGAAUUUUAUCUGAUUUGGGACGAUUGGUCACCCGGUAUGCCAAUUCCAUUCGAUAUCAAACUCAUGUAUUUUGUUCAGUGUGGAUUUUACUUACAUUCUAUUUAUGCAACACUUUAUAUGGAUUAUAAACGAAAAGAUUUUUAUGUUAUGCUCAUUCAUCAUGUUUUGACAAUGACAUUGAUCUUUGUCUCAUACGCAACUCGUUAUCAUAAAAUUGGGUUACUUGUUCUUUUUGUUCAUGAUAUCACUGAUGUUUGGCUGGAAUUGACGAAGGUUUUGCAUUAUUUUGGAUCGAGAGAGAACGGAAAAGAAUGUCCGAUUUGGGAACAUGCGGCUUCCGGUUGUUUUAUCAUAUUCACAUUCUGUUGGUUUCUAUUUCGUCUCUAUUGGUAUCCUAUGAAAGUCUUAUACACAGCAGGAGUUGUUACUGCCUAUCGCGCCUAUGAUAAAGGUUGCGGAUUAUAUGGAUUUUUCAAUGGAUUGUUGUGGUUAUUACUCGGACUUAAUCUCUACUGGCUUGUCUUUAUUCUUCAAUUUCUCUUUCGAGUGUGCAGCGGUACUUUAAACAAUUUACAUGAUGUUCGUGAAGACGAUGACGAUGAUGAUGAUGACGAUGCAAAAUGUCCCGCAUCUACUCAUAAGAUAAUCAAAGAAAAUAUUCCUCGUCUAAUUAUAGAUGAUCUGGAAAUUUAA